UAUACUAUGUAAUUCAGGGACGCUGCGCAUCCCUCAGGAUCCAAGGCCGCCCCGCUCUCCUUUGCCCUAUACUAUGAGCAUGGAUUCAAGUAUCCUACCUCCGGAGCUCACCGACCACAUCAUCGACUUCGCAUGGGACGAUCCACCGACUCUAUGGAGCUGUGCGCUGACGUGCCGCGCAUGGCGAAUCCGAAGUGAACUGCGCCUCCGGGACUUCGACGGGAUCGAGCUCAACAGCGUGGCUGAUCUGAAUGUGUUGACGGAACGCAUUGCCCGCCCUGGAAGCAGGCGGUUCCUCACCCCUAUUCGCUACCUCUUUGCCUCGGAGGAUCCAGAGAGGCCAUUCAUACACAUCAUACCUCUGUGCAUCCCCGGGAUGUUUGUCCCGAGGCUUCAAACCAUCACGUUCGCGGACCUGGGGCGGCUGGAAUCAGCGACCACGAUGAAUUUGCACCACAGCUUCUUCACCCUCCUCGCAUCGUACAAGUCGGUGACAAGAUUGUGUAUCCAGGGUGGCUGCCUUCGUGAGACGGACUUGCGCAGGAUUGUGGAGGCCCUUCCUUCCUUGAAGGAUGUUGACAUUUUGUCGUUGAACUUUGUAAGACCGCCUCACGGCGCAGGUCUGGUACAAGAACAAGAACGCGGUCGCUCCUGGAAGCGACACUCGCUGGAUCACUUCACAUUCUUGUGGUCGCGAUCGGUGACUGGAUUCGGGCAUCUGGAGCUGCUGCAAUGUCUGCAAUUCUUCUCCGAAGCACGCCAGAUUACGACCGAAGCAAAAAACGCGAUGGCAACGUUUCCGGCAGGAAGUAUGACCGCAGCUCGGUUUCCUGUUUCCCGCCUCGAUCUGCGGGCGGCCGUUUACAUGCGUGCUCCGGUGUUCUCGCUGCACCGUGAAUGGGGCCGGGACGCACGUUAUGAAAGAACCUGGGACGCGCCGGCUCCGAGUCCUCUGCAGACCAUAGCAGUCGUCUGACGUGAAGAUGGCACGAGCCUCAUCCACAACAUACAUCUGGAGGAGAUUGAGUACCAGUUCGACAUUAUGAAAGACUAUCCCGAUUUUCGAGCAACAAUACAAGCGAUCGUAGCCCUGCUCUCUCAAGGCGUUGGGGAGAAGGUUACCGAGAUAUGCGUGU